CUGAGCUUACAAGAAACACUGGUUACUACCCACCACAGCUGAAGCUAAACUGCAAAGCAACCCAGAGAGGGUGUCAUAGGCCACUCCCAUUCCCUUAGGCCAUCCUGUUCCCCUGAGGGUUGCAGUUUUAUUGGCUCAGCAUUCACACAAUUACCAUUCCAAACCGCGGCAUGUGCAGCAAAUCAUUCAGGCAGGUGGAGUUGGAAUGGCAUUGUCCUUCACCCCAGGGUUCUGAUAAGAACCUUUCCAGGUCUCCAUUGGAAGGCAGACAUUAUCAAGGGCUUUGUGUCCAAGAGCAGCAAAGAUGAGGAAGCCGAAUAAUAGAGGCUUACCUGACUAAUGAAGCCACAUGCCAGAUUUACACUAUAGCUGAAGGUCAGCUUAAGAUGACAUCGACCGGGAACUGGAGAAGAAGUGCCAGAUCAUGGAAGCCCAGCUGCAGGAAAAGGAGAAGGAUAAUCUGGUGCUGAGGAAAGAGCUCACGCAUAAGGAGAGCCUGGUGGCCGCGCUGAGAUGCAGCCUCAGGAACAAGGAGAGGAAGUUCCUGGAGGAGCUGAAAAGAAGGAGCCACCGGGUGACUAUUCUGAACACGGAGCUGCAGAAGCAGACGGAGGCCGCUGCUUAUCUCUCCUUCCAGCUGCAUGCCACCAAACAGAAACUGCAUGUGUCCCGGCAGGGGGGCAAGCCCCCCUCCGAUGGGCUUCCGGACAAACCGUUCCCCACACAGUCUUUCAGCGAGGCGAGGCCCAAAAAACGUGUCCACAAGUCUCACAUUCGGAGGCUGGUGACCGACUGCUCCUAUAGCAAGGGGACCACCAAGGACUCCUUCCAGAGGGAGAGGAUGAGCAGCUGUGAAGAGGCAGACCCCAUGCCCGAUCCAGCACUUUUUUUGUACACUAAAAGGCACCACAUUCCCCAUCGCCAGAAAUCUGAGCCCAAACCCCAAGCCCUUAGCAAAGCAGGGGCCGGUCUGAAUGACAGUGCUGCUGCAAGCUACAGUCUACCGAAGCCCUCCCGUCUUCAAUCCCAAGAGCAAGACGAAGGUACAAGCACUAAGCCUUCAGCCAAACCCAAGUCCUCGAAGGGUGAGCAAGGCAAACACCAUGGAUCCAGCCCCAGGAAUUCAAAAGGUGUGGAGUAAAAAUGAAGAAAAAGGAAGCGUGUGGUUGCUAAAGGCAGAAAAUGAAUUUGGCUAUACCAAAAGAGAGACGGGGGCCUACAAAGAUUUUGUCGCAGUCAACCCAUCAAGAAGUAAAGUCCUGGAGAGGAAAGUGUGAUUCCUUCAAGGAGAUAGAUACAAUCUGACUCGUCUAGGAUUCCAGGGUGAUCAUGGAAUGGCUGCCGUAUCUCAAGGGGCGGUGGGGCAGGAGAGUGGGAAGGCAACCUUGCUGAGGGCAUUUUGAAUGUUGUUCUGGAGUGGACUGCAGGAGGAAACGAUCCCUGCUGUGGAACAUGACAAGAAGGUUUGAGCGUGGAGGGAACGGCUAUUAACAAUUGUCUAGAGCUUCCCUGUCGUAAAAAUUUAGAUUUCUGAGACUAAAAACUCUUACUGUUAUUGUUAAUGUUCCUUCUAAGUAAAACUGCUCUUAUUUUCAUUGGCACUAAGUGGUGGAGGGGGGAGUAAAUUGAAGAAUUGCACAUAAAGCCGGUCACUAAUGGUGAACGUGGCAAUUGGCAGGAUGAGCCAAACGCAUCCUUUGUUCUAACUUCAUGACAUUGCUGGAGUUGGGGCUGAAUUUGGCCCAAAAUGUCUAACAUAAUGUAGUCCGGGUUCUGGAGAAUGUAAGCAGCUGAAUGACAAUCGGUCAAGUUUAUCUUAGGCCAGAUCUAUACUAGACCCAGAAAGUCGGCUUACGGUACGCAACUCCAGUUAUGUAAAUAACGUAGCUGGAGUUGACAUCUCUUAAGCCGAGCUUGGUGCCAUCUCCACAGGGGGAGGUCAGUGGGACCAAACACUCUCAUUGGCUUUCCUUACUCCUCAUGACUGCGAGGAGUGCCAGUAUCGACAGGGGGUGCCUCAGUGUUCAAUUUAGCUGGUCUAAAAGAAGAUCCAUUUCUGGCAUGUAAGUACAGACGUGGCCUGAGAGAUUUUAAGUCAUCUGCAGAAACAGCAUGGCCAAGCCAAUCAACUCUGAAAUAAUCACUCCACAACACUGACAUUCAUAUUUUCACCACAAUUCCUCCUUUUUAAGAAUUAUGCAAAAAUUAAUGGACAAGAUUUUGAAAUAUGACCAUUGAUUUUGGGCACCACCAUUUUUGGGAUGCCCAGCAUGAACCAUCUUAAAGGGUCAGAUUUUUUUUUUUGAACCGGAUCUGAAAAUCAGGCCCCUUUAAGUUAUCUCUAGGUGGGCUCCCAACAUCACUAGUCAUUCUUGAUAACCUUGGCCAAUACUUUUAUUUUGCAUAGCAGGUUUUCUAAAUGUGCCCUAGUUACUCCACAUCCGCGGCAGACUUCACUGUCUGUUACUACUGCUAUAUAGACACUAGGAUGUUGUUUUUAAGACAAGUUGCAGUAGUUCUCCUCUGAAGUCCUGUUCAGAAGACUAAGUAACCAAAUUAGCAAGGAGCUGCUUGAGAAUGAGAUUUCAUACAUCGCAAAUGGUUUGUAGCGGAGCCAGCCACUUGUUUCUGCUGUCCUAAUGAAGGGAAGUUACAAGGAAACCACAAAUCUGUCUUCUUUGGGGCUUGAGACCCAUCUUUCUGAACAGGUUCUUGCAUGGUCCUCCGUACCAUGCACGUUGCUACUGGACUGUAGCCUCACAACAGCCCAGGGAGGUAUGGAAGUGCCAGCUUAGUGCCCUAACUACACCAUUAACCCCUCCCAAGCUCAUUAGAGUUAAUGAGAGCAAUUCCAUUGAUUCAGUGGGAUUUGGGUCACACCCCUGAAGAGUUCCUAUGUAUAUGAUGGCUGAAGCACACCAAGGGUACGUCUACACUGCAAUGCUAUUGCAAGGAAAGCAUCCGCUAUUUCGAAAUA